ACAACAAUCAUUUGUCAUAAAGUUGCGGCUGUAAAACAAAACAGACGACAAAUAUGUAAAAGAAAAGUUUGAAUGAAGAAAUAGACGUUUAUUUUUCUAAUUCUUCUACAAACAAGACACGUGUUUGACAGAACUAAUCCUCUUUGACAGCAAGAAUAUGUGGUUAGGCCAAAAUAAAUUUGUUUCCAGUGGCCCUUUCAGUGCCAUUCUUUUAGGAAUGGUACUUGGAUUACUUCUAGAGAAAUCGAAAGUGUUUGAUCCAGAGAUUGUCCAGAAGCAGAUGUUGUUUGAGAACUUUGUAAUGUUAAAGCUUUUCUUCUCCACUUUGGCAACAGGCAUGUUUCUCUGCUCUAUUGCAAGCAUGCUUCAAGGACAUGGUGGAGCAGUUGAAAAUACCUUGAUCUACCAUUCUGCUAAUCUGAUUGAUCAAUCCUACUUGUCUGGCAUUCUUGGAGGGCUGUUUAUGGGAGCUGGUGUGGCAUGUGCUGGAGCUUGUCCUGUUUCUAUGUUUGUUCAACUGGGUUCAGGUGUACCUUAUGCUCUUUAUGUAUUCCUUGGGGCUUACUGUGGUACAGUUUUAUAUGAUGUUAUUCCUCCUCUUGCUGCUAAAAGUAAAACAUCCAGACAAACUUAUUUACAUUACUCCAUGUCGACACCUUACUUCAAUGUGGCAAUGCCUUUAGCUGUAAUCCUGGCGACUGUAACGUUUUUCUUAGAGCUUCAUAAGCCUUGGCAGAAUGAAUAUUUGGUUAGAUUUGGUGGUGGAAGCUGGUUAUUUGCUCCAGUUUGGUCUCCAUAUCUCAUUGGAAUUUCAACUGCCAUAUUGCAACUAAUUCUUAUAGGAAGUUUUAACAAAGUUAUCACAAACAGUGAAGUUUUUACUGUUAUCAAUAAAACAUUGAUGAGUAUUUUUAAAAAAGGAAAACUUCCAUCAAAGUCUUCUAAAAUUUCAACUGAGUACUUCUGGAUAUUUUUUAGUCUUGGACUAAUACUUGGAGCUUAUUUUUCAUCAUUUCAUUCAUAUAAUUAUGAAUACAGCCGAGUUACGAGAAACCAAGCCUUUUUCGGUGGUGUUCUAGUAUCUUGGGGAUCAAUGAUGGCUGCAGGAUGUUACAUUGGUCAUGGUAUAUCUGGUAUAAUGCUUCUCUCCAAAUUAUCAUUUGUCAUUGUUCCAGCUCUGUGGGCUGGUGGUUUUAUUGCCACAUCACUUCUACAAUAUUUUUAACAUCAACCAUAAUUGGUUGAUGUUAUUCUGAAUAAUAAUUGACUGUUGAAUUUUUUCCUGUUUUUCAAUCUUGGACAUUCAGCUCACCUUACUGUGAUACCUUUAUGCAUUGUUGAGGGUAUGGGUUUAGAACAAUUCUCUCAUCAGUGCAAUGUUGGAAAAGAAAAAAAAAACAUACAUAAUUGCUGAUAUUCAUUUAUUCAAAUAACAUUGUUAUUUCUCACAAGUAAAAACAAUAUUUUGGUUCUUCAUAAUAUAAUCUGCCCAAACAUGUUUCAUGUAUAAUAAAGCAUAUAUGAAUGUGUGUGUGUGUGUGUGUAGUGUGUCUUUUGCUGUGUGAGGAAAAUGAAAGCUUGUGUAUCAUGUUUACCUAUUCAUGUUUUGAGCCAUAUCACUUGUUGCAGAUACCCUUGAGAAAGGAAUGAGCUGCUUGCAAUCCCAUUUCUCUUUCCUAUAACAAUGAAAUCAUAUAGUUGUGUAAAUGUGAUUACACUUUGCAGGACAGAACUAUAGGGUUGAAAGAACUCAUUUGAACUGAUUCUUGUGUCAAUAACAGUUAUUUCACUUACAUCACAAAUGAAUACCUUUUGGUGUAAACAUAAGCUUUAUUUAUCUCAUAUAAACCUUACAGCUUAUACCUAUACAAGAAACUAACAUGUAAUGUUCACCCCACAUGCAAUGAAUUGUUGAAAUUCAGUGUAGUUGUUUAAUAUUAUAUAAAGUAAUAGUAAACCAAAUUAAUGUAGCAUUGCACUAACUGAAGAAUUGAUCAUUCAUAAACUGUAUAUUGGUUAAUAUUUUUAAUGCUCACAACAUCCAGCUAUGAAUAGGUGCAUUUCACUGAUGCAAAGACUCAGAAUAUUAUAUAAUUGAUGUUUCAUUAGAUGUCACUGCUGAGUUUAAGACCCUUGAGCAGCUUGGCCUCUGAUAGUUCUUUGCAAUGAUACCAAGGAAUCCAGGUAGAAAUGUAAAGUUAACUGAGAAUGUCUAUUGUAUUGGUGUUUUCUUGGCAGUAUCACCUAUGAUAUAUUUUGAAGUCUUAUCAGCUCUUCUCCAUGGACAUGUACAUAGACUCAUCAGUAUUGUUUUAACAUCUGUUUCUCUAUGCUUACACAAAUCAGACAGAAUUCAUUGAGACAAAUUUUCUAUGGCCAGAUGCCCUUCCUGUUGCCAACCCUUGCUUACAAUUAUCAUGUAAUGUCAAGAUGAGGAAGCACAAACGUUGUGGAUUCUUCUGUUGGCUUCAAUGCAUGAAGGUCUAACCGUAUUAUAGUUGUUAGACCUUCAUAUGCAUACAUAGCAAGCUUCUUUCAGUUUCUGUCUAUGAAAUCCACUUCUGGCUCAGGGUUAUAGCAGAAGACAAUUGCUCAAGGUGUCACACACUGAGACUAAACCCAAAAUUACACCUGGAAAGUAAACUUCUUAACCACACAACUAAUGAAACAUGCUAUUUAUGCAAUAACAUAAAAUAAAACUGACUGUUCAUCAAUAGACAGUCACUUUAAUAGCUUGA